AGUGGACUGCGCAGCCGCCGGCGCUGCCGCCAACAGCAGCAUUUCAUUUUGAGAAGUUGCAAAGAGGAAAAUUGCAAAUUGGUUUUUGGGAUUUGUCUGGGGCUCCUGCGCAUGGGACUUCGAGACAAACAGUGGGCAGCACUUUUCGAAUUUAUUCUUGGGAUCGUCUCCUCCCCGAACCGCAGCAGCAGCAGCAGCAGCAGCAGCAGCAGCAGCAGCAGCAGCAGCAGCAGCAGCAGCAGCAAGGCGAACGAGAAGCAGGGGGACAAACCCGCGGACAGCAAAGAACCAAAAGACAAAAGCACUAACAGCAAAUAA